UACAGUAACCAGCAUGCUUUGCGCCUUAAAGAAAUCACUCAGCUGCUGCUAACCACCGAUGCUAAAUAGCAAAUUAGCUUACGAGGUUUGACUAUUAGCCUUCUAGUUGCGUUAUUAGUGAAUUAAUGAAAUAAAUUUUAAGACAGAAUGCCAGAAGGAGACAGUGCCGGUGAAUCCAUCCAUGGGAAACCAUCAGCGAUCGGAAACUUCUUUAAACGGCUCGGGCAGAUUUAUCAGUCAUGGUUGGACAAGUCAACACCGUUCUCAUCAGUCCGAUGGGCAGUCACUCUUAUUCUAACGGCCAUAUAUAUGAUCAGAGUAUAUAUACUACAGGGGUGGUACAUAGUCACAUAUGCUCUUGGGAUCUACCACCUAAACCUCUUCAUCGCGUUCCUUUCACCAAAAGUGGAUCCCUCGUUGCUUGACGAUCCAGAUGAGGGUCCAGCACUACCCACAAAACAGAACGAAGAGUUCCGGCCGUUCAUCAGGAGGUUGCCAGAAUUCAAAUUCUGGCAUUCAGCGACGAAAGGCAUCAUCAUCGCUAUGAUUUGCACAUUCUUCGAAGCCUUCAACGUGCCAGUGUUCUGGCCCAUCCUCGUAAUGUAUUUCAUCAUGCUGUUCUGCAUCACCAUGAAACGGCAGAUCAAGCACAUGAUCAAGUAUAGAUACCUGCCCUUCACACACGGGAAGAGGACUUACAGAGGCAAGGAAGACACAGGGAAAACCUUUGCUAGUUAAAAUUCCCCUUCCUGAAAUUAAAGUUAUUGAUGAAGAAUGGUGCGUAAAGGGGGUUGAGGUUUUUUUUUUUGGUUUUGGUUUCUUUUCUCUCCUUUUGCUUUCUUUCUUUUUCUGAGCAAGGGACGCUGAUACUGUAAUGCUGCCUUUAAGCGUUUGGGCCCCGAGGAGCGUUUGAGAAAUGCCGUUGAGAGCUUUUACACUGGCAACUUUUAUUAUAUUCGGACAGCCGCGUACGGGAUUUGACUCUCGGCGGUCCCCGUUCUCCUUCAAACCCAGACCGUCUUCUCCAGUGUAGAUUUUUAAAUGUUAGUUCACUAAUGUUUCAACCGUUUAUUCACCUCUGUGUCAUUUUUCAAUCAGUAUGUCUAUUUUCAGUCGAAAAACGAAACGUGAUGAUAUUUAGCAGAAUGCGCGUGCUGCUCUUUUCCACGGCUUUAAUGUUAUGGAAAAUAGCAGCAUGAAUAUAAUCUAUUUUUUUUUUUUCCUCUCUCUCUCUGUUUCACUGCUAAAUCUUAUUUGGAGUGUGACUACUACAUGAUUAUUUAUGAACGUUGGAAUAUAAUAUAAUAAUGUGGCGAGAGUUGUCAUUUGUAUCGUUAAUAUCGAUGAGGGGGAAAAAAGCCACAUUUCAUCAUUUUAUGACCCCCGUGAUGAGAGAGCGUUUAAUAUUCAUACCGUGGUACGUUUGGUGUCCUCCGUAGUUGAUAUCAUUAGAUUCAGUAUUCAGAUGAACGCGAGGACGCUUCUAUGAGAGAGAUGUUAUUGAUCGUAGGGAUUUAGCGGAGUUCCAUCUUGCCACAUGUUAAUAUUUGCCUUUUAUGAACAUUUGUAAUUCUCUUAAUGUGCUGUAGCAUUGUGUUUAAUUUCUGUACAUAGUCGCCCACCUCAAUCGCAUCCAUUCGUGCUGUUUGUGAGUUAUUCCUCAGUAGUUUAAAGCCCCCCCCUCACCUUGUACAUCAGGUUUUUUAAAGCAAGCGUGCAUUCCAUUAAAAUAGUAUGUUACAAAAA